AUGUCGUCUCUGACCUUCUUGUCGCUAUUCUUCAGCCUUGUAGCUGCGAACUUGGGCUCGUACCAGAAUUUCACCUUUUCCUGCGAAAGCAUCUACUCCUUCGGCGAGGAACACAGAAAUAUCAGCGCUGUCUGCUCCCGGGAUGCUGUCGUCUCACUCCUAGAUCUAAACGACUGUAUUGGCAAUGUCCAAGGCCAGCUCGUGUGCUCCAAUCACAAGUAUCUCAGCACUUGUUGGGACUGCACCUUCACCCAAAGUGCUAUUCACGAGCCCGCAUGGAUGGAGUGCAGCUGUGACACAAACUAUGGCAUAUACUCUCGGGUGGCGAAGAACCUCAACGACUGCGUGGGCAACGACCAUGGCCAAUUGAGAUGCUAG